CAGCUCACCGUUAAACCCUCCCCACAAAUUUAAUUGGACAACGUGUGCGCAUGUUGUUUUAGUUUUCGAGGAUGUAGAUUUUCAGUACUUACAUUUAUAACACUGACCGAUAAUCAUUAACCUAAUGGAUUUUGUAUAGUCAAAACGACUAUAUAUAUAUAUUUUAUAGGGUUCCCUUAAAAAUGUAAUUUGUUAGUGUAUGACUGAUGUAUUGUUAGUAGCACAGCCCAGGCGAGUUGUUUUGAUUGAAUAUGGAUAUAUUCUUUGUUUACCAGUUUUUACCGAGCUCAUCCUUAAUAUGAACUAAUGUAAAUGGAUGUAAGUUAAAGGUCUAUAAAGCAGGCACCAUGUGCAUCGUCUCUUUGAUUGCGUUUUUAUUUAGCCUAACAUCAGAGCAAUGUUCCUCCAAACUGAUAGAAGAUUCCAGCCUGAGCUUCAUGGAGAGGAUGCACUCAGGGAAGACGUCCUUUAUAUACUUUGGAAAUCAUGUUAAUCCAACCAUCAAACUGUUCAUGGAGCAGCUUGAGAUGUCAGCUGAUGCCCUACAGGACUAUGGGAUAUCAGUUGUAAAGGUGAACUGUUCUAAAGAUGCUAUAGCAAACUACUGCACAGGAGAAAAGCUAAUGACCAAGGCAUACUUGUUCAGAGCCUCUGAGGUCCUGAGGAGUUUCGACAUCGAUACCGUAUUUGACGUCAAUGCAAUUGUUUCUCAUGUCCUUUUCUCUGUCCUCUUCAGUGAGGUGCGUUAUGUGCACACACCUGCUGAGCUGCUGCGCGUGGAGAGCGCGGCCAAACAAAACAGUGACAUUGUGGUCGGUCACAUACCAGUGCUUGGCCUUCCAGAGCACCGAGCUUUGAUGGAGGCAGCGUUUGUGUAUGGAACCAAAUACCAGUUUGUCCAGACGACUGGCACUUUGGUCCUGAAACAUAUGGGGGUUGUCGAUCCCUCUUCCUCACAAGCACGACUGUGGUUUCUGCACUGUAAAGCUGUGUCCGGGCGGUCUGAUCCGUGUCCCAGCACUCCCAUGAGGAAACCACUCAACACCAUCAACAUACACACCUUCCUGCAGCUGAUGGAAGCACCUCUAGUGACAGAGGCAGUGCUGGACCCGUCUGAGGUAGAUGUGGUUCAUAUGCACCUCGGUGUGCCCGUGCUGUAUCUGUUCUCUCAGCCCCAAACCCAGCACCUGGACCGGGCCACCGCUCAAACUCUCGCCCUGCAGCUCCGCGGGGAGGUCGGAGUAGUGCUCAUUAGCAGGGACAGUCCGAAUGUGAAAACUCCGAUGAAAUACAACGCUGCUUACAGACUCCCACCGGAGAAUGUGAAAUACUUUACCCUGAAUAGCGCCGAAGGGGUUGUGAAACUUUUCAAAGACGAACUUUUGCAAGAACACAAGUUAGAAGAUGAAGAGGAAGAUGAGGAACAUUGGUCAGAUCUUGAUAUCCUCGAUGACGAGGUGUCCGAGUCUGUGUACAGAGAUCGUGAUCUUAUGCUGGAUUUGGACUCUGUUAUUGAACUCUCUUCAGACACUUUUCAAACAACAGUCACACAGAAUGAUAUCACAGUGGUGCUGUUCUAUUUUAAGUGGGAUGCUGUCUGUUUGGCUUUCGUUCAGUCGUAUAUAGAGGUGGCAGAUGCACUUGAAGGUAUGAAUGGGGUCAAGUUGGCGGCAGUAAACUGUGGAGAAUGGACUGACAUUUGCAGUGAUCAGAACGUCACUUCCUUCCCCACCGUUCUGAUCUAUCGGCCCAUGGCUGCUGCUCAGCUCUACAGGGGGAUGCUGGGAACCAAGAGCCUACACAGGUUCAUACUACUGAGUCUGGUCUCCUGUCCUACCCAUCUCUCCUCCUCUGCUGAGGUGAGGUCGUUCUUGGAGGGAGAUUUGUACAGUAAACAUGUAUAUCUGACCCCUGUCAGAGUGCUGGGCCUUUUCAGUUCAACACAUGACAUGGGUGUAACUUCAUUUGAAGAAGCUGCAACACUCCUCAGAGGAGAGACAAUUCUUGGGCUGUUUGCCCACAAAGAGGCAGAGCAAUGGGUGGAGGGCCUGUCAGUAAACCUGCCUGCUCUACUGGUGUCCCGCGGCCCUGGAGUUCCUUAUGAGGUCUAUUCUCUCCCAUCAUCCUCACCAACCGACCUGGUCUCACUUAUAAAACAAGUGGAGCUGGAUCGUUUUCCUGAACUGACUGUAGAGAAUCUUCCAUGGUAUUUGGAGCUUGGGAAACCUUUGCUGCUGCUUUUUAUCGGAAAGGAGGACAGUACAGAGAGUACGAAGGCUUUAGAUGAGAUAAAGCGGCCGCUGAGCUCUGGACAGCUGGAUUCCUUCCUGCCAUGUUGGAUCCAUCUAGGUCGGACACCUGUCGGGAGGUCUAUCCUGGAAAAGUAUCUUGGCUUUGUACCUCCACUUCCUGUUUUGGUGAUGUCACGGUUAAAAACUGGAGGAGAGGUGUUUCUUUUCCCCCCAGAGCGCCCCCUAAUGGCUAAGUACAUCCUGCAGUGGGUUCACGAUGUGGAAAACAAACAGGAACAACCAGCAGGCUUGAUCCCAGAUGGGAAAUGGGGCCCUCCUGUGCCAUUCUUUGACUUUCUGGCAAUAAUGGACCAAGAAGCGCCGACUUACGCAGCUCAGAGGGCUCCUAAUAUGAAGACUGGGGGCAGGGAAGACCACAGAGAGCAGAAGCAUGUGACCCCAAACCAAAGACGAACCCCACAUCCAUCACCAAACCCCCAAGCACCUCGCCAGCACUCUGAACUAUAAACUCAAGUCCUCUCAUGGCACAGAAGGUUAUGCAAGCAAUUCACAUGACUGCUUGACAUCUGUUAGAUUUCACAUUACGUGUGACGUUAACAUCUACAGUGCUAUUUACAGAAAUAUGUGUGUAUAUCAGUACCUCGGUAUCACACAUUUUCCAACUUAUUUUUCACAAAUCAAAUGGACUUUUCCUAAAUUAAAUCGAGCUAGCUUACAUUUUAGUGCUGUAACUUUAUAUACACAGAAUGUGAUAUUUAAAACCUGAAAGAGAUCUACAAGAAUGUAUUUAUUUAUCCAAAGCAUUCAUGUAAACGUUUUUUGAGAUACUGUAUUAUUCUGAUUUACACAGUGCCUGUUUGGUAAUGUUUUUAUACAAAUACAGAGCUUCACAUAUGGAUGACAUUUGUCUGUUGUUUCAGUCAUGGAAGAACAGCAGCUGAGUUUUUUUUUUUUUUUUUACCGUAUCGUGCUGCUUUCAUGAUGGAAAGACUAACGUCAAACCUGAAAGAGGCUGCAUCUUUGGUUGAUUGCAUUGUUAAAGUUAAUUAGCGUCACAUUUAACAAGGGAAGAACUACUUUUUAAUUCAAACCAAAGUUACUAAGCAGUUUUUUUUUUGUGCUGCUGGGAUCUGUAUCCAGUAUUUAAACCCUAAUGCAGAUGUUUUCAGGAACUUUUUAAAUACCAAUUUUUUGGCAAUGAAAUGCGAUCCCCAAUAUGUGGUUGGAUGCAUGUGCGUUUUCACAUGAGCAGAGAUGUUCAUAUAUACACUCGCCCAUGUGAAGGUCAUUAUAUAGGAUAAGUCUGUAUGGAAACUCCGUAAGCAUACAGUCCUAGACCUCUGUUUACAGUAUCUGUGCUAUGUCCUCUCAUGAGAUCUCUGACUUCUAUAAUGAACAUCAUGGUGCUUUAAUGAAAAGUUGAGUCUGUCUUGAGUGUUUAUAUUUUUCAAAACCUAGUAAGCCGCCUUGGAGACACAGCAUGUAGCUAAGCUAACAGUGUGAUAUUCUAAUAAGCUAAAACAAAUACAAUAAAAAGUAUGCACAAAUAUUGUUAUUGAAUUCAAAUAUUCCUUUCUUUAAAAUCUGAAAAGCUGAAUUUUCAGCAUCAUUACUCCAGUCUUUAGUGUCACAUGGUCCUUUAGAAAUCAUUCUAAUAUAAUGAUUUGCUUCCGAAGAAAAAGCUCUAGAAACAUUUAUUAUUAUUAUCAAUGUCGAAAACAGUGGUGCUGCUUAAUGUUUUUGUGAAAACGGUGACACUUUUUUUUUUUUUUUUUCAGGAUUAUUUGAUUUCGACUGAAUUAAACUGUCAAAUGGUAAUGUGUGUGUAUUCAUGAAAGUAGUCGCUUUGGCUUUGUCUGUUUCUGGCUGUCCAGUUCUAGUGACAUCUUAAAAAUUGAACUUGUUGCCUUCUCAUCAUGACAUAACGAUGGCCAUUAGUGAAAUCGUCUAGCAAGAAAUGACUUCAGACGUUAGCUGGCAGUGCAGUUACUAAGGGACUACACUAGGGACCAAUCAUAUAGUUUUAUUGAUUUUGACUAGAAGCUCUUAUGGUCCCAUCGAUCUUCAGACAAAUUCUUGAGAACUUAGAUGAAAUCCACACUAACCAACUUAUUAUUAGAUUUCCAUAUAGUCCCAGAUAGUCACAUGGUCUAAAUGUAAUUUUUGAUUUUAAAAAUCAAUGCAAAGCUUUUAUGUAAGGUCAAGCUGCCUGUUGGUUAGGAUGUUUAUGUUUCAUUCAUUUACUCGUGCCUCAACACAUGUCCGUUUUUAAGAGUAUAUUGGCUGUGGUGCAUCUGUCUCUUCAAUCUCCUGACAGAAAACGAACAAAAAGCAUGUUUUUAAAAUCAAAAAUGUAAAGGAUGUGCUGAAUUUCCUGGUAAUAUGUAAUUGGUUUGUAAUGGUUUUUCUGUGGUUUGCACUGUAAAUUAUGAAGCAGGUGGUUAAGUUUUGAAGAGUACAUUGCUGAUUGAGGCUUUUUGUCUGGAAGUUCGACUUGUGAUGCCUGGGAAUAUAGUAUCAGUCAGCUUUUAAGCAUAUUUACAGCUGGCAAUUUUAGCUGUCAUUCAGGACUGUGUAUACAAAGAUUUGCUCUGUCUAAAAUCAAGUACUGUAAUAGUUUAUACUGUAUUUUGUGAAGUGUUUCGUAAACAUAACACAUCUGCCGUCUUGGCAUUUAACUUAGACCCUUAUGUUUUUUUGACCUGUAGCAAAAACCACAGAAAUGAUUAACUAAAUUUUGCUGGACAAGUACAACUGAACCACAAAGAUUAACAUUCUCGGAACCUACUUUGGCCAUUUCAAAUCUGACUCAGUUCCUCAGUUCUCUGGCCUGUUUAAUAACGUAAUAGGAGUGGCAGGGGUUAAAUCUAAAAUCUAAUCACCCAAACCUUGACCCUCAAGGCGGUGAUGUCUGUCA